GGCAAUUCUGGCAUAUAUCUGACCUACAUUUAGAUCCGACCUACCACAUUACCCCUGAUCGCACCAAAGUUUGUUCUUCUUCCAAAGGAGCCAAUGCCUCCAACCCAGGCCCUUUUGGAGACUUUUUGUGUGAUUCUCCAUAUGAACUUAUUUUGUCAGCAUUUGCAUUCAUGAAGGAUUCAAAACAGCAGGUUUCAUUCAUGAUUUGGACGGGUGAUAGCCCUCCUCAUGUUCCAGUAAAAGAACUCUCCACAAAAUUGGUCAUUAGCAUCAUUGGCAAUAUGAGUUCCACAAUUCGUAAUUUCUUUCCAGAUCUUCAGGUUUUCCCAGCCUUGGGCAAUCAUGACUACUGGCCACAGGAUCAGCUUCCUGUAACUACCAGUGAAGUUUACAAUGCUGUAGCAGAUUUCUGGAAGCCUUGGCUAACUGAUGAAGCAAUCAAUACCUUCAAAAAAGGUGGCUUCUAUACCCAGCUGUUUGAAUCCAGUGAUAGCUCUCAGCCACUCAGGAUAAUUAGUCUGAACACAAAUUUAUAUUACAGCCCCAACAGUGUAACUGUGAAUAUCACUGACCCAGCUAACCAGUUUGCCUGGCUGGAGGGAAUACUAGAAACCUCUUCACGAAAACAGGAAAAGGUAUAUAUUAUAGGACACAUACCAGUAGGAUACUUGCCAUAUGCAAGGAAUACUACAGCUAUCAGGGAGUAUUACAAUGAGAAACUGGUAAAGAUUUUUCGCAAAUACAGUACUGUUAUUGCGGGGCAGUUUUUUGGACAUACACAUAGAGAUAGCAUCAUGGUCCUCUUGGAUGAAGAAGGAAAGCCAGUAAAUUCCUUGUUUGUGGCACCUGCUGUAACCCCAGUGAAGAGUGUAUGGCAAAUGGAGUCGAAUAACCCUGGUGUCAGAUUGUAUCAAUAUGAUCUUCUUGAUUAUAGCUUGCUGGAUCUUUGGCAGUUUUACUUGGACCUCAGAGACGCCAACAAGAAAAAUGAAUCGAACUGGAAAUUAGAAUAUGUCCUGACUAAAGCUUAUGGCGUUGAAGACUUGAAGCCAGAAAGCCUAUAUGAAAUGGCCAAGCGGUUGUCUGUGCCACACAGCACACUGUUUGAGCAGUAUUACAGUAACUUCAUUGUGAGUUAUGACAAAACCAUUGUCUGUGAAGAGGGGUGCAAGACCUGUCAAGUAUGUGCAAUCCAAUAUUUGGAUUACUCCUCAUACACAGAUUGUAUCAAUCGGGGAGCGAUGUGGAGAUGAAGUCUCCAUUCAGUUUAUGCUGAUACUGACUGUAGCCUGUGAUUUAAAGACUUCAGCCUCCUCGUCCUUUUGUUCAAGCACUGACAUGUUGACAGGGAGCCUGUGGGACUUCUCUGAAUUUCAGGGCAGCAAUAAAUUUCCCUAGAUCUUUAUUCUUGUAAACACAUUUUCCUUCCGCAUCUAAAUAAA